AUGUUAGUGCAGAUAAUUUUAUUGUUUUUGCUGGUGUGGCUCCUUGUGUUGCGAUGGCAAAGAAGAAAGAUGAUCGAGCUAUCUCAUAAGCUUGGUGUGACCAACCACAUGACUCUACCGUUCGUGGGACAUGCUUAUAUAUUCUUUGGAAGUGAUGAAGAUCGAAUGACAAAAUUUCAGAAAUUGGGCCGUGAAGCGAUCGCGAGUGAGCAUGGAGUUACGACAAUAUGGCAAGGGCACCGGCUGUACUUAGUGGUAUCAGAUGCAAAGGUUGCGGAGUUUCUUCUAAAGACCUGCUUGGAGAAAGAUGAUGCAGUAGAUUGCUUGAAGUUCGUGACUGGUAACGGCAGCAUCUUCGCCCCAGUCAGUCUUUGGCGUCCUCGUCGUAAAGUUUUAGCUCCGACUUUCAGUCCGAAGAACUUGCAGCAGUUUGCUGAGAUCUUCUCUCGUCAGAGCGCUAUCAUGGUGGAACAGUUACGAACUGCUGCAGGAAAAGGAGCCUUCUCCAUAUGGCAAUACAUUACAACUUAUACCAUGGAUUCUGUUUGCGAGUCAACUUUGGGCGUUUUAGUAAAUUCUCAAAAACAAUCGGAGCAACCAUUUCUUCAAGCUUUUGAUAAAUGUACUCAAUUGGAUGCUGACCGACUUUGCAAGCCAUGGUUCCAUCCUCAAGCUAUAUACGAAAUGACACCAGCUUACAAACUGCAUCUUAAGUGUAGGAACUAUAUUUGUAAAUUCGUUGAUCAGAUCAUUAAAACCAAGAAACAAGCAUUGGCGGAAGAAAAGGUGUCAAUGGCCGAAUCUGAACAAAAUAUAAAACACGAUGGUCUUAAGACAUUCUUAGAGCUCCUCAUAGAUUCUUCAGGAGGUGACCGAGGAUAUUCAGAUGUGGAGCUGAGAGAAGAGACUUUGGUAUUAGUGCUAGCUGGAACCGACACAUCUGCUGUGGGCACUGCCUUCGCUUCGAUUCUGCUAUCAAGAUACCCUGAUGUACAGGAAAAGGUCUACCAAGAGUUACUUGAAGUAUUUGGUGAUUCCAAAAGACCGGUUGUGGCUGAAGAUCUACCUAGACUUAAAUAUCUGGAUGCUGUUAUAAGAGAAACGUUACGUUUGUACCCACCAGUGCCUAUAAUUGCGAGGAAAAUUGACAAAGAAGUUACUUUACCUUCAGGAAUCACUCUAGUUGAAAAUUGUGGUGUUGUGAUCAAUAUUUGGGCACUACAUCGUAAUCACCACUACUGGGGAGAUGACGCAGAGCAGUUCCGACCUGAACGGUUCAUCGACACGCCGCUGAAGCAUCACGCUGCCUUCAUGCCAUUCAGCCAUGGACCCAGAGCUUGUAUUGGUUAUCAGUACGCAAUGAUGUCAAUGAAAACUGCUCUAUCAUCUCUUCUUCGUCAAUAUGUGAUUCUUCCGCCAUCUGAUGUUGAAGACUUGAAGCCUUUCAGAGUGAAAUUUGACAUAAUGAUGAGAGACGUUGACAAUUUUACUUUACAACUUGUGAAAAGAGUUUGA